CCGCCUUACCGAAGCUAUCACAAAGGAUUGAUAAGUGCUCGACUUCGAGCUGGCAUCAGGCGAGCCCAGCUCCAUAAUCUAAAGGCCACGUGUCUAUUGUGGCCCACCAUGGGCUGAUCUCUCAGUUGCUGCCGAAACUCAGCUCAUUCGCAGCGAGCUGGGCCUAGCCGCCGGUUGUGCCCGUUUUGAGCAGAGAAGCCAUGACGUUCGUUCGGGUUAGUCGGGAUCUGCAGCGGGAGCUGGUGCUGUUGCGCCUGCACCUGGAGCAGCCGGCCAUGCAGUUUCCAGAGAUUUGGCUACGCGACAAUUGCCAGUGCCCCGAAUGCUAUAUGCAACAGACGCGCAGUCGCCUGCCGCACGGCUGGAACUAUCUGGACACCCGAGUGCGGCUGCAGCAGCUCAGCUGGUGCGUGGAGCAGCAGGCGCUGCUAAUAGACUGGAGCGAUGGCCACAAGUCCAGCUAUGCUUUGGGCUGGCUCAAGGCGCGUGAUUUCUCGCCAGCGAAUCGCGCGCGUUAUUUGCGCGACUCGUACCGCCCCGAGCGACGGCACUGGUCCGGCCUGGAGUUCGCCCAGAUACAGCGCGAAUUCCAGUACGAGGAGCUGCUGCGCAAUGAUGAGACGCUGCUGCAGUGGCUGCACCAGCUGGCCGUCCAUGGCCUGGCGCUGAUCCGGCAGGCGCCGCUGGAGGCGAACGUGCUGCGGCAGCUGUGCAACCGGGUGGGCUUCAUGCGGCGCACCACGUACGGCGAUGAGUGGAGCGUUCGAGCGCAGCCCGGCGCCAGCAAUUAUGCGUAUUUGGCGGCGCCGCUGCCGCUGCACACGGACAUGCCCUAUUUUGAGUACAAGCCGAGCAUUACGGUGUUGCACACGUUGCAGCAAUCGGAAUCACCUGGCGGCUGGAAUCUGCUCAGCGAUGCGUUCCAUGUGGCGGAUCUGUUGCGGCAGCGGGAGCCGAGCGCCUUUCAGGUGCUCAGCGGCACGCCCGUCGAUUGGGCGGACAUUGGCAGCGACAAGGAGCUCUACUUUCACAAUAUAUGGCGGGCGCCGGUCAUCAACCUGGAUGCCAAGGGUCGUUACGUGCGCAUCAACCACAGCAUUCCGCAGCGCGACAGCCACUUCACCGUGCCCCCCGAGCAGGUGCGUCCCUGGUACGAGGCCAUGGCCAUGUUUAUACGCCUGGCCAACGAGGAGGCAUGCACCUUUAAGACAACACCUGGCGAUAUCCUUACCUUCGAUAAUGUGCGCAUGGUGCACGGCCGCACUGGGUACGAUGAUACGGAUCACAAUGUGCGGCACAUUGUUGGCGCCUUCCUCGACUGGGACAUUGCCUAUUCCCGCUGGCGUGUCCUCCGGAAUGCGCUCGGGCAUAACAAGUAGCUGUGCAUAUAUUUAUCUGCCUUAUCAGUAAACAACACGUGAAUAAAAAACACACUCUGCCCCUUUGCCCCUCUGCCCUGCAACUGGUUUAAUCAGCUUGCAACAUUGCGUCUGCUUUUGUAUUCAAAUAAUGUG